AUGGAUCAACGGAACCUCAACACGACAUCCUUACCUUUCUCCCUUCCAAACUCCUAUUCCCUUUCUCAGUCCUCAAGCGUUACUCCUCGUGCCUUGAACCCGGCCCCGUCAGAAUCAGGGCAGUCGGCGACUCACCGACCACCGCAGAGAAGUAGAGACCUGGAAUGUUCGGAAUGUGGCUACCAGGCCAAGACGAGGUCCGAUCUGAAGAAACAUUUCGCUCGCCAUAAACGCGAGCACAAAUGUCCCUUCCCUGACUGCGCUCAGAGCAGGAAAGGGUUUGCUACUAGUAAUGACCUUGACAGGCAUCUUAAAGCCGUGCAUAAAAUCAACAACCGGAAGAGCAGAUCCUACAAGUGCUUUGCCAUUGGUUGCAACAAAACGGAAAAGGAAUGGCCUCGCUUGGACAACUUCAAGCAGCAUCUCAAAAAGAUGCACGGAGAUCAGAAUGUGGAGUCUCUGCUUCGAUCGUCCAACGAAUGGUAUGAAGAGCAACUUCUACAAGGACAGGCUGACGAUACGGCCUCCCUUCCUGCCUCAAUCCCGUCGCACUCGUCGAAUUCGCUAAUUUCCGGGCACGACCAAUUCUCUGCCUCUGACAGCAACUAUCCGGAUCUGACCACACUCUUCAGCCCCAACAUAGCUCAGAUCACUCAAACGUCUCGCUCGCUAAGUUACAAUGGUCAAAUCAUCGACCGAGAUCUUGCCAGGCCCUUUGGCCCAGCUCACCCCAUGCAGCAACACGAUCAGCGUCGGCCCAUAGCCACUGCGGCCAACGCUCGCAGUUUGCAGCAGCACCGGGCUCUUCCCAAUCUGAACACACAAAACCUCUCAUCCCCCAUGGCAUCCGUGCAGAGGGCAUGGUCGCAGGCCGACUGCUCUCAAUAUCAGGAUAUGUCACAACUCUCUCCCGACUUCACCAAUCAAAGAGUCAACUUCCAAUUUUCGCCCCGUCCGUCUCGGGAACCCUACGCCAUCGCUGCCGCUGCGAUGAGAAUGAAUUCUGCAUUCGGCUAUGCACCGCCAAGGAGAGCAAAAAAGCCACAUACAAUCGCCGUCCCUGAUCUUGACCCGAACCGAAUGGCCGAUUUUGCCUCAGCCCAGGGUGUGGCCCGUGUCCCGCCGGACCUUGGAGGCUCACAGGACGAUCUUCUUGGCUAUGUUGGAAGUAGUACCAACCCGGCCGCCACCGACAACGACUCAGGGCCUUCACCACACCAAGGCUACCAGAUCAAUAUCAUCCAACCCGACAAUACUCCUGCAAGGUCUAAGCUCGCAAAGGCGAUCGAAGAAGAGAUCCGCUCCUUUUUAGAACAGCACCAGUCUAAUGGGGCCAAUCAAUCACGUUCUGACGAGGAAAUUCUGAACCACGAGGAAAUAGUGAACCAGUUUCGAUUGUCUUUACACAACAGCGAUGCUAUGACAAGUUAUACGGCCUCUUCUGUUGGGCCGGUCUCUAGGGCUAUUGAUGCUCAACCUCCUGGUGGCAUCCGAUAUCCUCCUUCAAAGCCGGCGCGUUUUCCGUGUCAGUAUCCGGGAUGCAAAAAGGUGAAGCAAAGGCAAAGUGAUCUAAACAAGCACAUGAAACGCCAUUCGAGACCGUAUGGCUGCGUCUUCGACGGGUGCAACAAGACUUUCGGCAGUAAAAACGACUGGAAAAGGCACGAGAAAUCACAGCACGAGCAACAAGAGUGUUGGGUCUGUGACAUUUGUUUUAAAGUCUUCUUUCACGAACCAUCCAAUUAUAUUCGGCAUCUGCAACAGGCUCAUUCAAUUCUACGACUUGAAGAGCAAGCUCAGCACCGCCGACUCGCAAGCAAUUAUCAAGGCCGCUUUUGGUGUGGUUUCUGCAAAGAAGUCGUGGCUCACCCUAAAACUGAUGUCGACGCUAUCACGUACCGAUUCGAUCACAUUGCGGAUCACUUCACGAAAGACCACAAAUCAAACAAGGACUGGGUUGAGCUCACCGGCGAGGGAAAGACGAAAGAAGUACGGUCUGAGGAGAGGAAGCGGAGCGAAAGCAGCGUAGAAGAAGAAGAAGAAGAAGAAGAAGAAGAAGAAGAAGAAGAAGAAGACGAUGAUGAUGAUGAUGAUGAUGAUGAUGUCAUGGAUGCUUCACAGGCUCCUUCUGAGACUACUCAGUCUUCGGUUUCACAACACAGCCACUCCUCGCCGGUGCACCAAGCUUUCUCGCCGCACCCGGCCAGCCCUUCCACCACUCACCAGGGGUCAUCAGGUGUGGGCAACAUGCAUGGCGCGAUGGAAAUGCCUCAGACACAAGACGUGCCAAUGACAACCCAAAGUCAUGACCAGGGCCAGGGCCAGGACCAAAACCAGGACUCCCGCUCUCAUCGGCGUCACCAUCUACGCCGUGCCACACUCAUCGUCUGCUGCCAAUGCGAUUUACCCAAUGCCUACGGGCUAAGCAACCGCUGUAUGGAUCCUGAAUGUCACCAGAAGUUCUGCGCCAAUUGCACCUUGGCUGCUCCCGAAGUCGUGGUUUGA